GACGUACAGGACCGUGUUUCUUUCUAUAUGCAGAAUCAGAAACUGAAAGUGCAUGGGUCCGCUGUCCUAUCGCUCAAAACUAAGGAAGGACUCCCUACUGAAGGGAGGUUGAUCCAUUGAUUCAAUAUGGAGGUGGAGUUUUAUGGGUGGGAGGUCUUCUACGAUGAUGGUCAUCACCUCUCUGCAGAACAGGAGCCCAAGACGGGCCAGACAUACACCAUGUACCACGGGACCUCAGUCCAGAACGCACGCAACAUCAUCACAGCAGGGUUUCAGCAGUCGAGGGACGGGAUGCUGGGGCCGGGGGUUUACAUCAGCAGGAACCAAAAGAAAGCAGAGCGCUACCCGCUUAACUCCGCCAAGACAGACAGAGUGGUCCUCAAACUCCAGGUGGACGCCGGCAAAGUGAAGAAAAUCGACACGGACAACCACCCAAUGCAGAAGACCUGGCACGCCAACGGCUACGAUACGGCCUGGGUUCCCCCCAACUGCGGAAUGAAGGCUGUCCCUAGUGGUCUGGAGGAGGACUGCGUGUGGGAUCCCAACAGGAUCGAGGUGGUUGAUAUCGCCCUGGCACCAGACCAGAGCAUCACUGCUGAGCUGAAGGGGCUGAUCUCAGGGGCACAGAGGAACAAGGGAACGAGUACGAAGCCACCGCAGCAGGCAGGGAUCUGUGGAGUGUGCAGAAAGAGAAUGGCCAUUCUGCAUCAAACAGAAACCUGCUGGGGGUGUGGGAAAAACAUCUGUAUUUUCAUGACGAAACACAAGUGCAGAGUUUAAACAGCAGGCCUAGAUUACUUAACUAAAUUCACAGGGCGCUGCCCGCACUGCAAACACAGGUCUGUUUGUGUGAUUUGUUUAUGCCUUAUUGGGCCAUAUUUUCAAAGCAAUUCCUCCAUUCUAUAAAUGACUCGUAUUUUUUGAAAGGUUUUGUAAAACAAAGAAUUGUUUUAGCUCUUUCAAAAAAAAAAAGGAGAUAAUCAAAGAAUGGAGGAAACACUGAAAUCAGGGCCUGCUAAAGCAAUACGUAACUGCCAUUUGAAAAGUCAAUCAAUUUGAAUGAUUUAAUACGGCCUACAUAGAAGUACCGUGUAUAUUAUAUCACACUGCCACUGGAUUCAAUUUAUUCUACAAAUAUAAAAAAAGAUAACUGUCUCAAAGUCAAGUCCAAAGUUCCUUUAUUUUACUGCCUUCUACUGCACUGCCUCAUUUAGACUAUAUAACUCUGGGUUUGUUAUGUUAUCCAUUCGGUUCUGUGGGUAAUUACCAAUUCUCUAUUUCAGUAUGUCAGGGUGUUAAUCUUUCGUCACCAGCCAUAUACAGUAUACGACGAAAAAUGUAUUGUGAAAGUAAUAAUGUAUUCAUGUUUACAAUGUCCUUUGGCAAUUAAAUUCGAGUGCUUGA